CCAAUCUCGUUCUAGAUGUUAUGUAAAAUGCAUUUAAAACUAAACUAUUAUAUAUUUGGUAUACUUAUCAAGUGCCUGAAGUAUAUGUGCGGUUCUCCUCGUGCUUGCUAAUUCCAGUAGCAAGUUGAGUUUCCAUCGGCAAGCUUCAUCAAACAAACCCACAGAGAGAGAGAGAGAGAGAGAGAGAGAGAGAGAGAGAGAAUGACACUCGAAAAACCAGCAGCAGAACCAAAAUCAACAGCGCAAGCCCCCGGCGACGAGGACAAUGAAGAAGCAAGAGCCGGGUUGGACAUCUGGAAGUACGUCUUCGGCUUCACUGAGAUGGCGGUGGUGAAGUGCGCCAUUGAUCUUGGCAUUGCCGACGCCAUGGAGAGCCACCCGGAGCCCUCCAUCUCUCUGUCCCGGCUCUCCUCCGAGCUCGGCUGCUGCCCCUCCUCCCUCCGCCGCAUCCUCCGCUUCCUCGUCCACCGCAGGAUCUUCAGGCAACACCCUGACACCGACACCUACUCACAGACCCCGCUCUCUCGCCGCCUCCUGACCAGAGGAGAGAACUCAAUGGCCGCUUUCAUUCGGCUGGAGACCACCCCCGUGAUGCUCGCCCCAUGGCUCAACCUGAGCUCUCACGUGUCUGCAGCAGCUGCCACAGCUCCUCCGCCUUUUGUGGCGGUGCACGGCGACGACGUUUGGGUAUACUCAGCAGCGAAUCCCGGGCACAGCAGGCUCAUUGACGAGGCCAUGGCAUGCGACGCAAGAGUGGCGGUGCCAGCACUCGCCGAGGAUUGCCCGGAGGUGUUCGAAGGUGUCCUGACCAUGGUGGACGUGGGAGGAGGGAACGGGACCACCCUGAGGUUGCUGAGGAAGGCAUUUCCGUGGAUCAGAGGGAUAAAUUUCGACCUCCCUCACGUCGUCUCCGGGGCCUCACCGCCAUGCGAGGGGGUGGAGCAUGUCGGAGGAGACAUGUUUGAGGGCGUUCCAAAGGCCGACGCUGUUUUCCUCAAGUGGGUUCUUCACGAUUGGUCGGACAGCAAGUGCGUGCAAAUCCUGAAGAACUGCAAAGAAGCCAUCUCGGGGAGCAAAUCAGGGAAGGUGAUAAUCAUGGAAGCCGUGAUCGGCAAAGAGGAAGACGACAAGUUGACUGACGUGAGGCUAACCCUUGACAUGGUGAUGAUGGCUCACACUGGUGGAGGCAAAGAGAGGACUGAGAAGGAGUGGGCUCACGUGCUUUGCCAAGCUGGGUUCACCAAGUACACGAUCAAGCCCAUACGCGCCAUCCAAUCCGUCAUCGAGGCAUUUCCUUAAAAAGUAAAUAGGGAAAUAACUUGGCUGUUUAUCUUUAUAGUUUAGUGUACUAGGGUGUUAUUUAUAUCCUCGAUGUGCUUGUUAAUUUAGGACUCUCUGAACGAUCAACGUAGUUGUUCGUUCUUUCUUUGUCAUCUUGGCAUCUUGUCGAUGUUGAAACGUCGAAUGAUCACAUACAAUCAUUCACGAAUCAUGUUUUCUGUUGUGGAGAAGGCAUUUGACUUUUUGUUCCAA